UUGUUUUGAUUCAUUGAUUCAAACGUUGAUUGUUUGAUUUGGAAUGUGUUUUUGUUAGUAAUCAAAAUUUUUUUUCAAUUCAGAACUGAGUGUGGUAUUUGGGUAAAAACUUGAUUGGCAUAUUCUCCGAUGCGAUAUAUAUUUCAAUUGAAAGACAAGAUUAAACUGGCCUGCUGGCGAACAAUUGAGUUUCCGGCGUUCAUCUUGUGUACUGAGAAAUUAUCUAAACGUUGGUCGCCCAAAAGAUAAUUUUCUUUUUUCAUUGAUUAUUGGAUAGCCAAAAAACCAGCGAAGAGCUUGGUUUGUAGAAAGAGAAAUGUCGCGUUCAUAUUCUCCCAAGUUAGACAGGCCAAUGCCCAUUUCUGUGGAAAGUAUCAAUUAUACCGAUGUUGCCCAUUUCAAAGAACUUGGAAAAAUGUUUCAUGGCUUAAGAGAAAAUGAUGAACUCUGUGAUAUAACACUUCUUGUGAAUGACAAAACCAUCAAAGCUCAUAAAAUAAUACUUUCAGCGGCAAGUCCCUAUUUUAAAGCCAUGUUUACAGGUGGACUAUCGGAAUGCAACAAAAAUUGCAUUACCAUGCAUCAGAUAGAUGGCAAUAGUCUUGUGCAAAUAAUUCAAUUCUUUUAUACAUCUGAAAUAAAAAUCAACAAAGAAAAUGUACAGAAUCUUUUGUCUGCUGCAAGCUUGCUUCAAGUCUCCAGUGUGCUUGAUGGCUGUUGUGAAUUCUUUAAUUUAAGUGAUGACAAUUGCUUGGGUAUUGCAAACUUUGCUGACCAACAUGCAUGUUCUGGUCUUCUUCGUGAAGCUGAAAAAUUUGCCAAAAGAAAUUUUAUAGAUGUUUUACAAAAUGAAGAGUUUAUGCAUUUAACUCAACGCCAGCUAUCAAGAUUGAUUUCUGAUGAUAAUUUAAAUGUGCAGUGUGAGGAACGUGUUUUUGAAGCUGUCCUAGCUUGGAUAAAAUUUGAUCCCGAUAAUCGUCAGGACCAUGCAAAAGAUGUAAUGAAAGAAGUGAGAUUUGAUCUUUUAUCGGCAGAAUUUCUCUUCGAUAGAGUUGAAGAGGAAGUUAUUGUUUCUGACAGAUCAUGCAUAUCUUAUCUAUUGACUGGCCUACGCAACGUAACGAAUAAGACUCCUGUUUCAAAACAACGUCGACCAACAUCAGAUCAUCAAGUCUUGUAUUCUGUUGGAGGAAUGAGUAGAAGAGAAGCUAGUAAAAGUGGUGAAAAAUUUGAUCCUAAAGAAGGAAAAUGGACACCAAUUUGCUCCAUGAGUAUCUGUCGCUGGGGAGCAAGUAUGGGUUCAGUAGGACCUUAUCUCUAUAUUUGCGGUGGUAGCGAUGACUCGUCACGGUUGGAUACAGUUGAAAGGUACGAUCCGUACAAUGACGUUUGGGUGCAAUCUGAACCCAUGCUCUCAAGCCGAAAUGGAGUUGGUGUGUGUGGUGCUGAUGGUAAAGUUUAUGCUAUAGGUGGCUUUGAUGGCUCUAUGCCAUUAAAUACGGUUGAAUAUUAUGACACCCGAUGUCGUUUACCAAAAUGGAUGAAGAUGGCUUCAAUGAACCAAUCGAGGUUUGGUGUAGGAUGCUGCGUCAUGGAUGGUGAUGUAUAUGCUGUUGGGGGAUCAGAUGGAACAAACCUGCGAACUGUCGAAAGAUAUGACGCUGACUCUGGCGCUUGGAAAUUACUGGCUCCAAUGGUAACUGCAAGAAAACAAGUUGGAGUGGCAGCUUUAGGUGGUUACGUCUAUGCAGUUGGUGGUUGUGACCACACAACAAGAUUUAGCUCCGUAGAGCGUUAUGAUCCAACUAAAGAUGAAUGGAUCGAAGUUUGUAGUAUGAGCGUACCACGUAGCGGUUUGGGUGUAGCUGUUCUUAAUGGUUUUAUCUAUGCUGUUGGUGGUUAUGAUGGAACAUCAUAUCUUAGCUCAGUUGAAAGGUAUGAUCCCUUGUCUAAUAAAUGGUAUAAUUCACCACCAAUUAGUCAACCACGAGACUGUGUUGCUGUAUGUGUUGGUUCAUUGCCACUCCAACGCAGGUAGUAAGCUGACACCAACAUAUCAACUCAAGUAAUCCAGUAAUUUGUUUGGUGAGUAAUUUUCUCGGUCUCGUUGAGAAUGCAGUUUUCUUGUCAUCUUCUAAUACAGAGUAUAUUUUAACAGCUCUCAUAUUGAAUAGUGAUAUUGUGGGAUCAGGGCUGGAAGCAACC